AUGCGUGCCCAGGUUCGCGGGAUCUCAAGGGUGCCCGUGGCAAGUGGUGACGCUGGCCAGAUGCAGAGCCGCUCUGUCCCUGCCCCCCGCAGCCGCACAGCGACAGAAAAUGGAACCGAGGGUUCCUCCGUGGGGACAAGGACCGGGAGAGAUCCCUCGGCAAAUCCGCUCCCUGGGCUGGGUUUGCAGCCACUCCUCGUGAGGGAUCUCUGGGGCUUUUCCUCCUCCUCCAUCAGGCCACAGCUUGGCAAUGACAGAUCCUGGUUUGGGGGAACACAGGGCACAAAAGAAGCACCAGCACCUCCUGGGGCUCCCCCUGCUUCCAAAGAGGAGGCCAAAGAGGAGGAAGACAGCAGUGAGCUUCCCGCUGUUCUGGGGGACGAUGGUGAACUUCCCUCAGUGCCAGGAGGUGACAGUGAGCUUCCUGCUGUCCUGGGAGAUGAGGGCGAACAUCCCGCGGUGUGGGAAUGCCACGGCGAGGCUCCUACACAGGGGGACAAGGACAUGUGGGAUGAGGACAGAGGACAUCUCCCGUCCUGGGAUGAGGAUGGUGGAUGUCCCCUGGUGUGGGACGAGGAUGGCGAAGCUCCCAAGUCAUGGGAUGAGGAUGUCGGAGAUCUCCCGGUGUGGGAUGAGGAUGGAGGACAUCCUGUAUCUUGGGAAGAGGAGAGUGAACAUCUCCCAGCAUGGGAAGUGGACAGCGAACAUCCCCUGGCUUGGAAAGAUGAUGGCGAACCUGCAGCGUUUUGGGAAGAGGAUGGAGAAGCUGCAGCAUUUUGGGAAGAGGAUGGAGAACCUCCCUCUGCUGUGGGAUCCUGGGCUGAGCAUUCUGACAGCAGCACAGCCCUGCAGCCAGAGGGGAGAGGGGAGUGGUGCCUGAUGCAGCUGAGUACGUCUGCUCUGUCCCUGGGUGCCCGAGCAGGGCGCUGGAACACCGUGAGCGAGGCGGAGCCUGCCGAGAAAUACCUGGAGCUGGAGCAGAUUGGCCAAGGGGCUUUCGGAACCGUUUACAAAGGACUGGACAGGGCCACUGGAGGAGAGGUGGCCAUAAAGAAAAUGAGUCUCCGAGGGCAGAACAGGGAACGAGCUGUGAAUGAGAUCCUGCUCCUGAAGGACAAGAAGAACCCCAACAUUGUCAACUCUUUGGACAGCUUCCUUGUUGAUGGAGAUCUCUGGCUGGUGAUGGAAUACCUGGAUGGAGGAACUUUGCAGGACGUUGUCAGACAGACACGCAUGGCUGAAGGAGAGAUGGCAGCUGUCAGUCGGGAGUGUCUGCAGGGCCUGGAUUUCCUCCAUUCCAACUGGGUGAUUCACAGGGAUCUGAAGAGCUCCAACAUCCUCCUGGGAAUGGACGGCUCUGUCAGGCUGGCUGAUUUUGGCCUCUGUGCUCAGCUCAGCCCUGAGCAGGACCGGCGCAGCUCCAUGGUGGGCACUGCUCACUGGAUGGCCCCAGAAGUUGUGGCCAGAUCUCCUUAUGGCCCCAAGGUGGACAUCUGGGCCUUUGGCAUUGUGACCAUCGAGAUGGUGGAAGGAGAACCUCCUUACUUCAGGGAAACGGGGGCCAUGGCUCGCGCUCUGAUCCGGCAGAACGGGACCCCGCAGCUGCAGGAGCCCCGGCGCCUGUCGGCUCUGCUGCGGGACUUCCUCGAGUGCAGCCUGGAGCCGGACGAGGAGCGGCGCUGGGCUGCCCAGGAGCUGCUGCAGAACCUCGUGGAAGAGGCCAUUUGGAACGGCUCCACGGUGCAGGAAUCCAACGGGGAUGAAAAGCUCCAGAGAUCCCACACAAGGAGGGGCUGCAAACCCAGCCCGGGGAGCUGUGAGGAUGUAAAAUCCUCCCUAGCUCAGCCUAUUCCUGGCACCUCCAAAGACAGCGAGAUCUCCCUGCAGAUCCAUGGGGCUGCAGAGAUCCCCCUGCAGGUCCAUGGGCAUGCAGAGAUCUCCCUGCAGAUCCAUGGGGCUGCAGAGAUCCCCCUGCAGGUCCACGGGGAUGCAGAGAUCCCCCUGCAGCCCCUGGAGGAGCCGCGCUGGAGCACGGGGAUGCCUGAGAGGAGGCUGUGACCCCGUGGCCAGAGGGGCCCCGCUGGAGCAGCCUGUCCUGGCAGGACUGACCCCGGGGCACAGUGA